AUGGUCAUCGAUGAAGCCGAUGAUUCUGCUAUAUGGGCUGAAGUUCAGAGCGCCGUCGCUGAGAAAACCCCGCCUCCACGCCGCAUCCCAUCCUCUACCCAACAAACCCCGUGCCUGCGCAACACCGGUAGCUUUGUGAAUACAACCGAGCACCGCAAAUAUGUCGAUGACAUCUUGAAGCAGGAGCUCCGUAUUAUGUAUAUCGACAUCCCCAACACUAUAAAUGCAUAUUCCGGCGAUAUUGACGACCUCAACACCGCAUCUGACGUCUUCUUCAGGCAAUGCUGUUUUGUCAAUGACACUGAAGCUCGGAAGGACACGAAAUGUCACUGGUCUCGGAUACUGAUUCCUGGAGAGCUGAAAAGUAACCCUUCUGCCGAUAACGCCCUGAGUACGUGGUUCGACCUAGGGAAAAUUUUUCGGAACAAACGCGAUCAUGCCCCGAUCCCCCGAUCAUCACUAGAGUAUGAUUCGGAGGGCUCUGCAGGUGUUGACUCCUCUAACGAUGGGGAGUCAUGGAACGGGUUCGGCAGCCCGUCACCCCCAGCUAUCGAGGGUAGCGGAAACGCGCCCGAACCAGAGUCGAUGCGCGACACAGUCGCGCCGUUGGAGGGGGCUGAUCAUGCCCUCAUCGCGCAAAAGAUUCUGCUCCUGCGGCAGAUAUAUAUAACGUAUUUUCGCAGAACCGUAAAGGAGUUCACAGAGAACCCGCCUAUCGGCAUUAAACUGCCGAUAUUUCGAUAUGAGUUCGCCGAGAGCUCACUCGGGAUAGAUGAUGUAAUAGGGAUGAUCGUUUAA